AUGCUUAUUGAUCAUGACAACAGGCUGUACAUGCUUCUAGAGUUUGAUAGAAUAAAGCAGGCUUCAAUUCCUCACACCUAUGCAUUCCCCAUAAGUGUCCUCGAGCUUUCAUGCGUAGUAUUCAAGGGACGAUCGCAUGUGCUGUUCAAGAUGUCAAAAUCACAUGCUGAAGACGAAUGGAAUGUCGAGGGUGUGGAUUGUGAUCUGCUUGAGCGCAUGCCCUUGGCAUCUAAAGAUGCACACAAGGUGCUGAAAUCCGUAUCUGAAUUGCUUAAGCAGCACAGUCACACAGGCCAGGCCAUCAAUCCCGAUAAAUGCAAAGAGCCAAGUGCAUUUCAUCUAAAUGGGAUCAAUAACAGAGCACGCAACAUAAAGGCUGUGUUCAGCUUUAUACAGGACAAGUGUGCCAAAUCCAACCAUUAA